AUGGCAGCAGCUUCCUCGGAUUCCCAUCUCCAAAAUUUUGGGCCAAACUCCAGAUUAAACCAGCAACAGAGUAGUAAGUCAUCUUGUUCUAGCUUCUUGUGUAAAUCCCUGAUUAUCAUUGUUGUCCUUGUUCUUGUUCCCUCUUUCCCUUCCCAAGCUCCUGACUUUAUCACUCAGAGCAUAUUAAGAGAGUUCUGGGAACUGUUUUACCUUCUUGUUAUUGGGGUUGCUGUGUCUUAUGGCUUGUUCUGUAGAAAAAGUGUUGUAGCUGAAGUUGAAAUUCAAUCUAGAGGUUCAGUUGAUGCUGCUUCUUCUCAUGCUUGUUUAUCUGGGGUUUUUGAUGUACCUUCAAUCUUUGAGGAUGGGUUUGAGAAAUUGUGUGUUUCUGAUGAGAAGUUGAGUGUGAAGAAUUGGGAUUUUUUUAGCAGUGGGAGGAAGUCAUCUAGUAAAGGGAGUCCUUUAAUUGGUGGUGGGAAAAAGUUUCUAUCUUUAGCCACUGGGAAUGGGAAUGAUGGUGAAAAUGAUGUUGUUGCUUAUGAAGCUUACAAAGAAAAUGUUAGCCAAGUUUGGAAUUCUCAGUUUCUGCAAGGUGAAAGCUUGGUUGUUGUGGCUAAUGGCAGUUGUGCUGUUGACAAACAUAAGCCUUUGGGUUUGCCAAUUAGGAGCUUAAGAUCAAGAAUUGCUGAUUCUGAUAACCGUGAGUUCAUUAAUAGCAAUGGGGCUGAGAACCCUUCAAAGGGUUCUUCUAUGAGCAGUAUUGCGAGUGGUAAGCUUGAGAAAAUUAGACGUCCGAUGCCUCUUUGUUUGGAGAAAAAGUUUCAGGAAGUUGCUGGACCUCCUAAGAGUUCCUUGCAGCCAAAAUCUGAAAGAAAGGAAUUUGGAGAAGAAGUUAGUAGUUUUGGUCAGUCUUUUGAUUCCAGGCCUCACUAUGGUGGAAAUUUUGAGAUGAAGCAAUUUAGAUCAAAGUCAUCCCGUCAUCCCAAGUCUUUUGGAACUAGUUCUCUUCUGCCAGAACUGUCAAAUUUGCCAAAAGAGGAUAGCCAGUUGAAGAAGGGUCUCAAUGGUUUUUCAGAUACAGUUCCACCGCCUAAUGUAGCAUCUGAGACUGUUGUAGAAUCAUUUGCUCCUAAGGCGCGGGGAGUUAGCAUUGGUUCUUCAAGCGAGUUAGAUAUGCAGAGGACUUCGAAAGACUUCUUCAACAAUUCAAGCUUAAGUGCAAUGCAGGAUGUGUUGGACAGGGGAAAACAGAAGAGUGACUCCAUGAUCUCAGGUUCCAAACCAUCAAAACUGUCUAGGGUUCUAGGAAAAGGAAUAUCUGUAAGAACAUUGCGUUCUCGUGUGUUUGCUGCUGACAACAUGAAAAGGGAAGAGGUUUGUUCUGAUAAAAUCAAUGAAAAGGUUGAAGAAAAGCACCAUGAAUUUGAAGCACCCUUAUUGAUGAAGAAUGCAAAGGAAGGAGACUGUAAGGACCAACCAGUUCGUGUGCAAAGGCCAUACUCCGAGAAGGCACCUCCGGUGCAGAAUUCCACCUUUUCUGCAUCUCAGAACUAUGAAAGUCAAAACAUAGCUGACAGUACUUUGUUGUCUGAGAAGGAUUCGGAGUCUGAAAGUGAACCUGAAGAUCUUCAGGUGACUCCAGCUGAAAAGGAAAUUGCACCUAACCAUGUCGAGCAUGCAGAGCUUGAAGGAAGUGAGGUUGACAGGAAAGCUGAUGAGUUUAUAGCAAAGUUUAGAGAGCAAAUGAGGCUUCAGAAGAUUGCAUCAGUGAGAAGGCGUAGCUCUCAAACCUAG